AUGCGCGCUUCUGAGAUUCAGGGCCGCGGAUGCAUUUUGACUUGCGUGGGGCGUGCGUGCGCGGUGCAGGCGGGGCCGUUCGGCAACAUGGCGAAUCUGUUCGAGACGGUGCGCAAGGCGCAGCAGGUGGUGCAGGUGGAGGCCGUCAAGGUGCAGAAGGAACUCGCCGCGGCUGAGUUCGACGGCUACUGCGAAGACGAGCUCGUAAAGGUGACGCUGACUGGCAACCAGGAGCCAUGCCGGUGUGAAAUCACCGAUGCUGCUAUGGAGCUCGGGGCAGAGAAGCUGGGCGAGCUGAUCACAGAGGCAUACAAGGACGCCCAUCAGAAGAGUGUCACGGCGUAUUCUAACUUCAAAGAGAUCCUCAAGGCGUUGCGCAAUCCCGAAACCCAAGCCGCCGCGAGAAGGUUCCUGGCGGCGCUGGAGGCGGCGAUGCCAGCGGAGCCCGCGGAGGAGGUGAUGCGCACCUUCAACUUCCGCAUCCACACGCUCGCGCUCUCCCCGCUCCCCCACUCCGACCACGACCCUGCAGGGACACAUCAAAACGGAGCUGCUGGCGCCGCCAGCACCAAUGGCAAUGGAGCCGCAGGGGAGAGCACAAGCAGCAGUGCAGGAGGAGCGCGGCAGACGCUAGCGCUGGUGGAGCUGCCGUCCAUCUUCAUCCCCGAGGACUGGUCCUUCACCUUCUACGAGGGCCUCACCCGCCACCCCGACGCCGGGUUCACGGGCCGCGAUGUCGCCGAGCUGGGGUGCGGCAACGGGUGGAUCUCCAUCGCCCUCGCGCACCGCUGGGCGCCCAGGAAGGUGUACGGGUUGGACAUCAACCCGCGGGCGGUGCAGGUGGCGUGGAUAAACCUGUACCUCAACGCGCUCUCGCCAGUGGACGGGCUGCCCGUGAGGGACAGCGAGGGCCUGUCGCUGCUGGACCGCUGCGAGUUCCUCGAAUCCGACCUGCUGGGGGCGCUCUCUCAGCGCGGGGUCACUCUCGACCGCAUCGUCGGCUGCAUCCCGCAGGUGCUGACGCCCGACCCCAAGGCGGCGCUGAAGAUAGUAUCGGAGACGAUGAGUGAGGAGUUUCUCUACUCGCUCUCCAACUACUGCAGCCUGCAGGGGUGCUGA